AUGUCAAAUGUGUUGAUUGUGUUCAAUAAAGAAAAAGGCGCGAGAGUAUGGGUAUACAAAUGUGCGAAGGUGGUUGAAAGUGAUCGGGCUAAUUUUGUACUCAUGUCAGUAUACCUCGGCUCAUUUUAUUGCAUGAUGAUCACAACUCAUAACUCAUCAAUCUUCAACCUCGACCAGUCCUUGGUCCUACAAAAUAACCUGAACGGCACCAAAAACUUGUUCGAGGGUAAAGAACACAAAGCAUCCCUCGUUCCCACUUUUUGUCUCACAACCAAUUCAUGUCCGCCUGUACAUGUAAACAAUCUCAAACAAUGCAAAGCGGCCCAACCACUUCAACAUCUUCGCUUUCUGUCUCUCUCUUCUUUUGGUGAGCAAAACGAACUUCCUGUUCUCAAUAGUUUAGGUUGCACAGCAGAGCAGAUUGAAAGAGAGAGCUGCUGGCUGAUUGUGAUAAACAUUGUUGAUGGUUCAUGUUUUUAUGUCAUGUUUGUGCACCGGAUCAGCUCAAUCCCUCCAUACAUCUUUGAGAGCAGAUAUCCACUUCACCAGAUGCUCUUAUUACAUGGAUGA